UGCAGUAGGUGGCGGUACUGCACCAUAAGCCAACCCCUGUCAGACAAGUAGCGGAAGCAGCUGCCACUGAAAGCGUUGGUGCUAGUUGCCGCAGCUGCAAUUUGAGCCAGUUCUUCCUGCAGGUUGUUGAUUUAUUUGAGCUGGUGAAUCUCCGAAAAUGAGUGAUCAGAAAAAUGACCACAGUGAUGUGGACGAUCUGUCCGACAGCGAUGACUCUGAGCCUGAAGAACAACCCAACACAACUCCCUUCGACCCAGAGCUGGACCAUGAUGACUAUGACGACGGGGAUGUCAGGGAGGUUGUCGUCUCUGCUCCAGCGGCUAAGAUGUCAUUCAGUCUGAAAGGAGGGGGCUCCGCUUUCUCAAACCGCAGCCACAGUAUCUUUGACAGCCUAGACAAUGCUGUCCAGCGGACUUCAUCUUCUCUGAGCAAGGAUCGCAUUACAGAUGGAGUGUUUGUUUUGCCUCAGCCUCCAUGUCCCAGCUUGAAGAUGAGCCAACCUCAAUCCACCAGCUCCACACCACCAACAAAGAAAGAAAGCCCAGACUAUCUGGUGCACCCUGAGCGUUGGACUCACUACAGUCUGGAGGACGUGACUGAGACCAGUGAUCAGGAUAACAGCAAGGCCGCUCACCAAUUCCUGUCUAGUCUGCGGGAGGACAGACAGCGUGAUUCAUCCUGUAACAUCCAGGAGAGGAUGAUCUUCUCCAGACCAAACCAACUGCCUAAGGACCAGACUGCGGAUCAGCCGUCAGCUGUCAGAGCAAAUAAGAGGGGGAUGCAUCUCAGUCAUCUGGAGGAGGAGGAGGGGUGGUUGGAGGGCAGAAAGAAAGAAAAGACUGGAGGAAAGGGAACAGAGCAGGAUGAAGAAGAGACUAAGGUGAGAAAGACAGACAAGGAGAAAACCCUUAGAUUUAUGGGUCAAGCAGAGGAGGAGAAAAAGAAACAGCUGCAGAAAGAAAAGGGAGAGGAGGAGACUGGGGUAAAGACAGAAUUUGCCAAGCCCGGCUUUACCUCCUUCAGGAAACCAAAGAGUAAAAACUACAGGAAAAGUUCAGAGCCAGAAGACAACUGACUGUGAUACAACUCUAUCACUUCUUCCAUGUCAUGAUUAUACAAGUAGAAAACUCCAUCACCAAACCUCCUGCUCUUUAAUUCAUCAGAUAGUCUGUGGCCCAGUAUGACAAUGAUUUCACAGUAUACUACAGUACACAAAGUUGUUAGUAACUGUGUGUAAUGGAAUGUAAAAGGUAGUAGCCGUCUCUGAAGACCAGGGUUGGCUGUUCCUAAUGUGCACCUGUACAGUCCGAUACUGGCAAAUCAUGGUCACUGGUUUGAUGCCCCAAAAUGUUUGGUUUGUGUAACAGGUUUAAUCAAUGAGCUCAUAUAGUGUGAUGGUGGUGUACUGGACUGCUGUUUAUUCAGAGGUUGUUCCUCAUGUAAAAAUUUGAAUGGAACCUUGAGUGUGAUGUCUUCCAAUACAACAGCACCUUUAACUCUGAGCCCAACACCUUUUAAACAGAAAACUGUAUUCACACAUUUCACACAUAUCAGCAAAUCCUCAAACUUGAGGACAAAGAGAAAUGUUUCGACAGAACUGCUUGAUGGAUUGUAUCAUUCAUAUAUACCUAAUAAAAUGGACAUUGUGUUUAUGUAGUCUGUAGUUUGCAUACGACCAAACACUGAGUUCAGUUACUGCACUGUUGGGAGGCAGCUUGAUAAAUAAAGGUAAAUAAAAUGUUGAACCUCA